UCUGCUGAGUCUUGCUGUUUGUUGCCACCAUAUCAUCAAGUAACAUGAGUUAGUCAGCUGUUUGAAGCAAUAUGUAAACAUUUGCUAGUUACUAACAAUCAUCUCCAGGUACCAAUUUACGUGACAAUAAUUUUGUGCUUUAUGUGACUUUAAAGUGUGUAUUAAUUUUCUACUUAAUGUUACUAAAAUUCAAUUACAAUUAGAGUUUUUCCUAUUCUCCAAAGAUUUAAAAUAUAAUUUUGGACUCACUUGUUCUCUUGUCUUCACGUGACUCUUGUUUCCUUUGAUUAAAUUGGUGAUCACCUUAAUCAACAUCUUUGCCAACAAAAAAAACUCAUCAAUUUUCCCGGUUACCAGUUAUUUAUACUCAAAUGAUCAUUAAGUGUCUCAAUUUCUUUACCCUGUGAUUCUCCAUCGGCAAAUGUGAAAUAAUAUUAUGGAUUUUAACUGAAAUAAUUUUCCUCUCACAUGUAUCCGUUCAAUUAUCUGCUCAUCAUUUUCUUUCCUGCAAAGAAUAUGAAUAAGCAAGAUCACAUCAGCAAGAUAAUCAAGAUCAUGCAUUGAUCAAUACCUUCGUUAGUCUAUCUCAUGAUUCUACAUCUAACUCGACGAUUAAUCGGGCUCAACAUUCACAUUUUGUUAACUCAACAAGUCUGGUUCCACAAGCUCGCCAACAUGUCUACUUCACCAUCUCUUGUAACGAAUUUUUCCCAGCAAUUACAAAGUUUCAAAUUGCCAUUCUAUUCGAUUGAAAUAUUUCCCCCUUCAACCGAGUCUGGAUUGAAUAAUUUGAAAAAUUUUCUAAGUGACAUUCGAAAAUAUCGCCCUUUAUUUUGUGCCAUUACCUCUAAAAGUACUUCAAGAACAUCGGAAAACGAAACUGGAUCUCGCUUUGAAUUGGCUCGAAUGAUUAUUAAAAACUAUGGAUUCGACAUUUUACUCCACUUAACUUGUUCCGAUAUGAUGGACUCAAAUCAAGGUCGAAAAAUUUUGAGUGAAGCCAAAAAAAGUGGAAUCAAGUAUAUUUUUGCCUUACAAGGAGACAAUUUCAAACCAGCUGAACCAAGGGAAUUUAAUCAUGCAAUCGACAUAGUAAAGUUCAUCCGAAAAGAAUUUUCAAAUGAUUUUAUCAUUGCUGUUGCUGGUUAUCCUGAUGGUCACCCAUCGUCGCCAUCUUUUAAGCAAGAUAUCGCACAUUUGAAAGCCAAAGUGGAUGCCGGUGCUGAUAUUGUCAUUAGUCAAUUUUUCUUCAAUGUUGACACUUUUGCCAAGUUUGUGAGAUGUUGCCGCUCAGCUGAUAUUAAAGCCCCCAUUUUACCAGGAAUAUUUACAUUUUCAUCUUAUAAAUCCUUUACACGGAUGAUAAAUACAACAAAGGUUCCUGUCUCUAACGAACUGCUGAUGAAAAUUGAAAGCAAAUCCCAAGCAGAUCAACAAAUCAAACAAUUUGCCAUUAAAACAUCUACUCAACUGUGCCUUAACCUAGUAAAUCAAGGACUUUGUCCUGGGCUCCAUUUUUUCUCUCUCAAUCAAGAUGCCUCCUUACAUGUGAUUGAGAUGGUUGAACCAAUGAUACCAAGGACAACUAUUAACCAACAAUUAUUGCGAUUAUCUGCUCAAUUAGAGGAAUGUGUUCUUCAAUCAGAAACAGUUAUCCAGAAGAAUGCUUCACCAAUUAUCGUCCAAGAAGAAACACCAAAAAUUAUCUGUUGAAACAUAGUAUUACAUUUUAUCAUUAACAAUCAUCAUGAUGAAUUAUAUGCUGAUAAUAUCGAUCAAUAGUGAAAGAUAAAAAAGAAAUUGAUUUUCCCUGAUAAGUCGACCCUUAAACAAAGAUUAAGGCCACCAUUAAAAGGAUCAUUGAUCAUAAUCACAAUCAUAAUCGUAAAUAGAAUCAUAAUCAUCAUCGAAAUUAUCUAGAUUUUCCAUUUGAUCUGAUCAGAUUGAAUCUUGAUAACUUUCAGUCUUUGUAGCUAUGAAUAUUUUGUAAAAAGCAAACAUCAACCAUCUCUGUUAAAGAUUAGAAAAGCCACUCAAAAAAAACAAAACGCUAAAUACGAUGGAAUAUCUAAUAUCAAUAAAUACAAUAGAAUUUUGUAAAUAAAUUUCUCUUUUGUUUAUAUUAGUA